CCAGCCCAUUUGCAUGACCGUGUCACAAUCUCUCUCUAGUCUCUACCCUCCACCGCCACCACUGUCCACUGCCCACCCGCGAUCUCCCUUUCAUUUCUUCUUCAGUGUCAUUUCUACAAACACAAGUAUACAAACCCAAGCAUUCAAAAGGAUAGAAUGUCGCUUCGGCCAGGUACCCGAACUGAGGCGCGGAAGAAGAGUUAUAAGACCGGAGUGGAUGCGGAGGAGGCCAGGAGGAGGAGAGAGGACAAUUUGGUUGAGAUCAGGAAGAACAAGCGCGAAGACAAUCUUCUUAAAAAGCGGAGGGAAGGCCUUCUGCUUCAGUCUCAGCAGCCUUCGCUCGAUGCUGGCCAAAAUGCUACCACUAUCGAAAAAAGGGCUUUUGAUUAUUUGGAUCCUGAACAUAGUAUUCCUGAUGAUAUCCAACAGUUGGAAAAUAUUCCUUUGAUGGUACAAGGGGUGUGGUCUGACGAUCCUACCUCACAGUUAGAAGCCACAACUCAGUUUAGGAAGCUGUUGUCAAUAGAGCGCAGUCCUCCAAUUGAUGAAGUGAUCAAAGCUGGAGUUGUCCCUCGGUUUGUAGAGUUUCUUGGAAGGCAGGAUGUGCCCCAAUUGCAAUUUGAGGCUGCCUGGGCUUUGACCAACGUUGCCUCUGGCACAUCUGAGCACACACGGGUUGUUAUUGAACAUGGUGCUGUCCCAAUGUUUGUGCAACUGCUUAGCUCUGCUAGUGAUGAUGUUAGAGAGCAGGCUGUAUGGGCUUUAGGUAAUGUUGCGGGUGAUUCACCAAGUUGUAGAGAUCUAGUUCUUGGUAAUGGUGCACUUAUGCCAUUGUUAGCUCAGUUAAAUGAACGCUCCAAAUUAUCCAUGUUGAGGAAUGCUACGUGGACAUUAUCUAAUUUCUGCCGUGGCAAGCCUCCAACGCCAUUUGAGCAGGUGAAGCCUGCUUUACCAAUUCUACGGGAACUUAUCUACUUGAAUGAUGAAGAAGUUCUGACAGAUGCUUGCUGGGCACUAUCCUAUCUUUCAGAUGGCACAAAUGACAAAAUUCAGGCUGUGAUUGAAGCUGGGGUCUGCCAACGACUGGUGGAACUUCUAGGUCAUCCAUCGCCUACAGUUCUUAUACCUGCUCUUCGGACUGUGGGAAACAUUGUCACUGGUGAUGAUAAUCAGACUCAGUUUGUAAUUGACAACAAGGUGCUUCCUCAUCUCUAUCAACUUCUUGUACAAAAUCACAAAAAAAGCAUCAAGAAAGAAGCUUGUUGGACAAUUUCUAAUAUAACAGCUGGGAAUAGAGCUCAAAUACAGGCAGUUAUUGAGGCAAAUAUUAUUCUUCCCCUUGUACACCUACUCCAACAUGCAGAGUUUGACAUUAAGAAGGAGGCUGCAUGGGCCAUCUCAAAUGCCACCUCUGGAGGAUCUCAUGAGCAGAUUCAAUUCCUGGUGAGCCAAGGUGGCAUUAAGCCACUCUGUGAUCUUCUAAUUUGUCCAGAUCCACGGAUUGUGACUGUGUGCCUCGAGGGGCUUGAGAACGUUCUGAAGGUUGGUGAGGCUGAUAAGGAAAUGGGAAUGAACGGUGGAAUCAAUCUGUAUGCACAAAUGAUUGAUGAAUAUAAUGGGUUGGAUAAAAUUGAAAACCUUCAAAGUCAUGACAACCAUGAGAUUUAUGAGAAGGCUGUGAAGAUAUUGGAGAGAUACUGGGCUGAAGAAGAAGAAGAUGAACAGAAUCUCCAUGAUGGUGGGAAUGAAAAUCAGCAAGGCUUUAAUUUUGGAGCUAAUCAGCCCAGCGUUCCUCCUGGGGGCUUCAAAUUUGGUUGAAGUGUUUAGUGUGGGAACUUCGGCACUAGUUUUGUAGGUCUUACUACUUUCCUGGCAGCGAAAUUUUUAGACUUGUGUUUGCAUUUUCAUCCUUGCCAAGGAGUCAGGGUUUUUGUUCUGGCGUAAAGGCUUUUGCUGUCUCUUUUUUUGGUGGGAAAUAUUUGAAAUGUGUUGAAACUUGGAAGGGGUUUUAAACUUGAUUGGUACUUCUAUAUUUUUCUAUAUUCCAUAGGAAAAAUAUUCCUUGUGAUUGUGCUAAAAUCUGAAAUUAGCAUUAAUGCUUUUCUUGUACUAAAGUCAUUGAUAGUGAGGCUUGUCUGUGUCUGUCCUGUUCAAGGCUUGAUUUCUGCUUCUUGUUUUGAAUAAUCAAUUGUUUGAGGCUAAAUUC